AUGAAUAAUGAACCAAUACCAUCUACAAUACAGAUUCCAUUUAAUACUAAUAAUCAACAACCACAGCAACUACAAUCACAGCAGCAACAACAGCAACAACAGGAACAGCCACAACAACAACAACAACAACAACAACAACAACAACAACAACAACAACAACAACAACAGGAGCAACAACAGCAACAACAACAACAAGUAGAAGAGUCAUCUACACCACCUAUUCCUUUAGUUAAUCCAGGUAAUCAACCUGAAGUUCGUAUUAGAGAUAUUGAAUCAGAAAGACCUCAAACUGGAAGUAGGCAGAGAAAGAAUGAAUUUGAACCUUACUUAAAUGGUGAUAUAAGUAAUAUUUCUCAAUAUACAGCAGCUAAUGUAGAAUAUCCAAAGAGACCUCUCAUGAUACAAAAACUAGAUGAAAAUGAGAAUGAUCAAAAAGAUAUUCCUUCUCUUUUGAAAUCGACGCCCUACAAUUAUGCUGAUAUUAAGUUGCCUGCAUGGUUUGAUAAAUCUUCUAUUCACGAGAUAGAAACUUUAUCAUUACCAGAAAUUAACCAGGAAAAUUUAACAGCAGAGGAUUAUAAAACUUAUAGAAAUUAUAUGAUCGAUACUUAUAUGUCUAAUCCAGACUAUUAUUUAACUAUUUCAGCUUGUAAAUCAAAAUUAGAUGCAGAUCUAUUGCUAUUAACUAGAAUUCAUCACUUUUUGGAAAUGAAUAAACUGAUCAAUUUUAAAUCUGACCCACGCAGGAGAAUAUUUGAUCCUUACAUUGAUAGUGAUCCUAGUGCUCAAGUAAAUCCUAAAUCACAACGUAACUUUAAAGACAUAGAGAAAGCAGAUCUACAGUAUUUGCGUGAUUUAAUCUUUAGUGAAUCAGAAACGCCUUCAAUAAGGUCCUCAUGGAACCUAUCUAUUGAAGAUCCAAAUAACCCGGAUGGACGUAAAAUCUUUCAUUGUUCCAAUUGUAAAGUAGAUUGUAGUGAAGUACGAUAUCAAUCUUUAAAAACCAAAAAUUAUCAAGUUUGUAUCGAUUGUUUCCUCGAAGGUCGUUUCCCAUCUACUUUCUUCAGCGGAGAUUUUUUGCGUGUAGAGUCAUCUACUGGACCUGACUUACAGAUGGAUGAAGCAUGGACCGAUGAAGAAACCUUGCGAUUAUUAGAAGGUGUUGAACGAUUUGAUGAUGACUGGCUUAUGAUUUCUGAGCAUGUUGGUAGUCGUUCUAAAGAGCAAUGUAUUACUCAAUUCCUACAAUUGCCUAUUAGCGAUGAGUUUUUAACAGCUAAAUUAUCUAAAAAGGAAUUAGAGGAGCUACCGUUUGGUGAUUUACCUAACCCUAUCAUGACUAUGGUUGCCUUUUUAUCAGGCCAUAUAAAUCCAGGUAUUGGUGCAGCUGCAGCAAAGGCAGCUUUGAAGGAGCUGAUUAAAUCAGGAGAAGAAACUGAAUCCAAACAAACUGAUGAACCUGUUGAGACAGAGAUAGUUGACGUUAUGAAAGAAGAAGAUAGUGAUUCAGAAAUAAAGAUCGAAGAAAACAAAGUAGAUCAAGGAAUAUUCUCUAAAGAAGUAUUACAGAGAGCAACUACAAAUGCGUUAAAAAGUGCUGUUGAAUGUUCUCAUAAACUAGCAAGUUAUGAGGAGCAGGAAAUACAGCAUUGGACCAGAUUAGCAGUAAAAACAAUCAUAGAUAAAUUAUCUAUCAAAGUUCAACAAUAUGAUGAAAUUGAAACAUCAUUAGUAAGUGAAUCAAAUGACUUGGAGAAGCAAAAGAACAUACUAGCUAGUUCCAUUGAAGCCUUAGUCAGCCAGACCUUUCCUGUAAAGGAUUCAGAAGAAGAGUCAUCAACUCAGCAAAGUACAUAUAGUAAUCCAACUUCAUCUUCAAAUGCAAAUGAUGUUACAAGCACAACACUAUAA